UUCUUCAACCCACAAAUGAAGAAAAAAAAAGCCCUAGAGCCUAUGAAGACUGCGAAGACAAUCCUGAGGAGCAACUGUGAUCGGCACUGCUGCUGGACACCUUCUGCCAAGCAUCUGAAAUGAGCCUCUCUCAUCAAUUGUUUCUUUUGGCUUAGAGCCAGGAGUCCUGGAUUCAGUUGACUUCAGGCUGAGAAGAAAACAGUCUUGGUUGUUGUCACCAACAUAUGCACCAGUGUGAUGGUGAAAUGAGAUGAGGCUCCGAAAUGGAACUGUGGCCACUGCUUUAGUGUUUGUCACUUCCUUCCUUACUUUAUCUUGGUAUACUACCUGGCAGAAUGGGAAAGAAAAACUGAUUGCUUACCAACGAGAAUUUCUUGCUUUAAAAGAACGUCUUCGAAUAGCUGAGCACAGAAUCUCUCAGCGCUCUUCUGAAUUAAAUACCAUUGUCCAACAGUUCCGGCGUGUGGGAGCAGAAACAAAUGGAAGUAAGGAUGCAUUGAGUAAAUUUUCAGAUAAUACCCUAAAGCUACUAAAGGAAUUAACGAGCAAAAAAUCCCUUCAAGUGCCAAGUGUUUAUUAUCAUUUGCCGCAUCUAUUGCAAAAUGAGGGAAGUCUUCAACCUGCUGUGCAGAUUGGCAGUGGAAGAACAGGAGUUUCAAUAGUAAUGGGAAUUCCCACUGUGAAGAGAGAAGUUAGAUCUUACCUCACAGAAACUCUUCAUUCUCUUAUUGAUAACCUGUAUCCUGAAGAGAAGUUGGACUGUGUGAUAGUCAUCUUCAUAGGAGAGACAGAUCUUGAUUAUGUGCAUGGUGUUGUAGCCAACCUGGAGAAAGAAUUUUCUAAGGAAAUCAGUUCUGGCUUGGUGGAAAUCAUUUCGCCUCCCGAAAGCUAUUAUCCUGACUUGGAAAACCUGAAGGAAACAUUUGGAGACUCUAAGGAAAGAGUGAGAUGGCGAACAAAGCAAAACCUAGAUUACUGUUUUCUAAUGAUGUAUGCUCAGGAAAAGGGCAUCUAUUACAUUCAGCUUGAAGAUGAUAUUAUUGUCAAACAGAACUAUUUUAACACUAUAAAAAAUUUUGCACUUCAACUUUCUUCUGAAGAAUGGAUGAUUCUAGAGUUUUCCCAACUGGGCUUCAUUGGUAAAAUGUUUCAAGCGCCAGACCUCACUCUGAUUGUGGAAUUCAUAUUUAUGUUUUAUAAGGAGAAACCCAUCGAUUGGCUUUUGGACCAUAUUCUCUGGGUGAAAGUAUGCAACCCUGAAAAAGACGCGAAACACUGUGAUCGACAGAAAGCAAAUCUGCGAAUUCGUUUCCGACCAUCCCUUUUCCAGCAUGUUGGGCUGCAUUCAUCACUAUCAGGAAAAAUUCAGAAGCUCACGGAUAAAGAUUACAUGAAACCAUUACUUCUUAAAAUCCAUGUCAACCCACCUGCAGAGGUGUCUACAUCCUUGAAGGUUUACCAAGGACACACACUAGAGAAAACUUAUAUGGGGGAGGAUUUCUUCUGGGCUAUCACCCCAGUAGCUGGAGACUACAUCUUGUUUAAAUUCGACAAGCCAGUCAGUGUAGAAAGUUACUUGUUCCAUAGUGGCAACCAGGAACAUCCAGGAGACAUUCUGCUGAACACGACUGUGGAAGUUCUGCCUUUAAAGAGCGACAUAUUGGAAAUAAGCAAAGAAACCAAAGACAAACGAUUACAAGAUGGCUAUUUCAGAAUAGGAAAAUUUGAAAAUGGUGUUGCAGAAGGAAUAGUGGAUCCUAGUCUAAAUCCGAUUUCAGCCUUUCGACUCUCCGUUAUUCAGAAUUCUGCCGUUUGGGCCAUUCUUAAUGAGGAAUCCUUUUAGCCAAGUGUUCUUCAUUGAAGAUUCUCUCCUUUGCCCCAGGAAUUGGUACCUGAUGCCUAGAAUGUGCUCAGCCCCUGGCAGCUCCAUCAGCAUCUGGGCAGGUCAGCUGGCUAAGUUCAGUUGCCCACUUUUCCCUCCUACCUUUGCCUGCUAUCCUUGGUCACACACAUACAUACACAUGGCUGUCUAGUUUUCAUUGUUUGGGGGUGUCUGUUGUCUCUGGCACACUAGUGCCCAAGACCAGUCCUACUUUCUAUCCUCUGCUGCAGCAGGUGCUCAUCUGACCUCAGUGGAAGUUGCUUCCUCCUUUGUGCCCUGGCCAGUGCUAGACAAUCAGAAGCAAUCAUGUUUUCCCAAGAAGUUGGAGUGGGAGUGCUGCAGGGGUGAAGAUUGGAGGAGGUGAGGUUACAGUGCCUGGAACUGGAAGAAGUACACUUGAAGAGCAUACUGAGCCACUUUUCCCCAAGUAGUGAAUUGGAAAUGUGUCAAAAGGUAGGACCUAACUAUAUGUAUAAAAUAGGGAGGUCUGAGUUUGGCAUCUGGUGUGUAUCACAGAUGAACUACUUAGACUGGUACAAUGCUGACCUUUGCAGUAGCUUCACAGUACAAGGUGGCUACUUAAGUUAGCAAAGUGAAAGUUUCAGUUCUGGAGUCACACUAGCAGCCUCUCAGUGGUGACAUACGGCAGUAGCAUCAGAAGUAAAGCAUAUUUAGAUCACUGCAGAAAGUUCAGUUGGACAGUACUGUGUCAACAGCACAGUUGAACAUUUUAGAAAGGAGAAUUAAUGCAUUGUGAUGAAGAGGGUAACAGCAGACAUGUGAAUGUAUCAUAAUGGAAAUGAUAAGCAUUUUGAAUGAGAAAAGAAGGACCUGUUUUAGGCCUCUAAGAACCAAGGUUACUCAAUUCUUUAUUAGUAUCAUACAUUCUUCUCAGCAUGCAUGUAUAAUAUUCUAUAAUCAAAAAAGAUAGAGUGUGAUGGAAAAGUUUCAGGAAGUGUUAAUGCAAAUGGAUUAUUUAGUAUGUAGGCUAGAUAUGUUUGAACACAAUCAUUUUCACAUGCUUGUGAAAAAAGGUACUGUACAGAAUUAGGUGUGCUUGUUUCAAACACCAUCAGAAAACUUGUAAAGGGUUCUUUUUAAUCUUCCAUUAAUAAUGAAAAACAAAGUUGUCUCUUUAACAGUGAAAGAAGUUUGGCUAUAUGGAAAUGGAGAUUGUUGUCAUUAGUAGCAGUUUGUUUGUGGUAUGCAGAGUUCUAAGAAUAACCCUCCCUAUGACCUUGUAUAAUACCCUCCCCUUUCAAUGUGGCUAGAACUGCAACUGUGAUCCAUUAGUAUGUUAUGUUAUCUGGGAGUGACUAAUACAAUCUUGUGAGCCCUUUAAAAAGUAGUUUUCUCAGGCUAGUAGAAGUCAGAGACUGAGCAAGAGGAGGACUCCAGACACUGUUGCUGGUUUAUGGAAGAAGGAAUGCAAGUGGCCUUAAGGAGCUGAGAAGCUUUGGUCACCAGUGGAGGAAAUACAACUGCAAUCCUGCCCUAGGACUUGAAUUCUGCCACUACAUGCAUCAAGAGGGUUGGAAAUGGACUGUCUCCAAAUGUGGUGUCAGCCUGGCAAGCACCAUCGCUGCAGCUGUGUAGGUGGGGCUUUGGGAAGAGAGCUCAGUUAAGCCUGCCUAGAUUUCUCAACUGUAGAACAGUGAGGUAAUAAAUGAAUAGAGCCUUAAGAGGCUAGACUGUUUUGUAAUGAAGCGACAGAGGAAGAACUUAUUUAGAGCCCGGAGACUAGUCAUAUUUGGUUUCCCUGGAAUGGGUUGGAUUUAUUUAAGACAGGGUUCUAGCUCAGUCCAGUGUUUGUCUUGCAAGGGUGAGGACCUGUGUUUGAUCCCCAGUACCAUUAAAAAAAAAAAAAAAAAACAACAAAAAAACCCAGCCACC